AUGCAGCCGGCCGAGCCCGAGAUCUGGCUGAGCUCGGAAGAAGGCCGGUGGACGGCUGUCGGCUUCCAGCCGCUCAUCGGCUCCGGCCAGCUCUGGCAUGCCGCCCUCGAGCUUACCCGGAACACCGCCUACGCAUUCACCUACCGACUCCGCCGGCACAGCACCAUCCACUGGACAGCAACCCCGGCCCACGACGGACACAUCCGCACACACCAGAACACCGCCGCCAGCACACUCCGCCGGCUGGUCCCGGAGAUCACCGGCACGCCAGCACAGCCCAGCCACCCGCAGACAGCAGCACUCACUCUCACACCACCACUCCAUCAUCUCCCCUCCACCGGCAGCCCCGCAGACAUACUCGCAUUCGAAAGAACGAAGCCCACCUGGAUCACCCCCCGGCCACUCACCAGCCUCGCCGAGAUCGCAGACUGCCGCGAGACCCACGUGCUGCUCAUCGGAGACCCCGUGGAGGACCAGCUGGCGAUCAUCGUCCCGAUCAGCACCCGCACCCACAGCGCAUCCAUCAGAGCCGUCCCGGGACACCCGCUCACCGUCCGGACCGAGCACCACUUCCCGGCCGAUGGCGGCCAGCAGGCCGAGCUCCGGGUGCUCACCGGCCGCACCGCCGACCUGCGCCGGAUGAUGGCCAUGCUCGUCGCCCCGGCGUCAUCUCCGGCGGACGCGCCCGCCCGGCCGCUCGCCGAGCCGCGUGGACUCGGCUUCUGCACCUGGGACUCCCUCGGCGGGACAUACAACCUGGCCCAGGUGCUUGGCAUGCUCGACAGCUUCGCCGACGCUGGGAUGGCCACCGCGCUGGACCGCAACCAUCCCGGGACAUCGAUCACCCUCGUCGGGGUAUGGAUGACCAUCACCGGGUACUGGGCAGGGCUCGAUCCCCACUCAGAGCUCAUGCGACCCUACGACCUGCAGAAAUGGGCCCUCCAGCCCUCCCCCGCUUCCGACCUCGCGGGCCAGCAUUGGUUCUUGCCCAGUCGGGCCCGGUUGCGCGAUUUCUGGGACGCAUACUUCAGCUUCCUCAGGGCCUCCGGGGUCGACUUCGUCAAGAUCGAUAAUCAGGCCGGGUUGGAUCGCUUGGUCUGCUGCGACUCUGAUCCAAGCGAAGAUCCAUACACGUACCGGGCCGAUUUGAUAGACCUGAUCGACGAGCUCACGGGGGUUUAUUUCGGGUCCCCAGAAGACGGCGGACGUGUGCUGCACUCGAUGGCCCAUUCGGCGCAGAUCUUGUUCCGCGAGAAGACCCAUGGAGGGGUACAGAAAAUGGUGCGAACGAGCGACGAUUUCUUCCCCGAUCUGGCCGGCCCGCAGGGCCAUCGCUGGCACAUCCAUUCGAACGCGUUUGUGUCGCUGGUAGCACAGGGACUGGGCCAUGUGCCCGACUUCGACAUGACGAUGAGCCGCCACGCAUGGGCGGGUUUCCACGGCUGUCUGCGGGCGUUCUCGGGCGCGCCGGUGUUCCUGACCGACCGACACGGCGAGCACGACCUGUUACUAAUCGACCAGCUCACGGCCCCGCUGAAGCGGGGCCCGGCACGCAGGGCUGUCGUCCAGCCCAGAGACCGCUCCGCCGGCGCCGUCCUCUCCAGCUGCGCCCUUGGCCUUGCCGCUCGUAACCUCAGCGCAGCUGAGUCCCCCUGGGGUAUCCUCAAAGUCGGCCUCCCUGUGCCCUAUGCCGCGGGCGCCUUAAUCGGUCUCUGGAACGUCAAGCAAGGCGACCUUCCCACCACUGCCGUCGACGUGCUCACUGCGCGCGACAUUGCUGAAGCCAUGCAUGACAGCCGCGCGGAGCCGUCUCCAGGCCCGGGCGAGAGAGAUCAGAGCCCCGACCUAGCCGUCGUCAGUCUGUAUACCAAGUCCGGCACCCCGAGCAUCCGGCACUUCGCACUCCUGCCCGCCUUCAACAUAGGCGUAGAAAGACUUUUGUCACCGUGCGCGUCACGGCCCGUGCUGGGGUGCGUGCUCGACGAGCGGCCCGAGGCCGGCUUCGCGGUCUUCCGGGUCGCGACCAUGCUCGAUCUGUUGGCCCCCGUCGACCCCGGAGGCUCACUGACCGGCCAUGAGUGCCGAGUCCAGUUGGCUUGUCUAGGCCUGGUGGAGCCCUUCGUCGGCUUAUGUGCCAUCACCGUCUCCCACACUUCCUGCGAGUCCGAGUCCGACGCACAAACCAGUCGCCCGUCGGGGCCCCAGAUCGUCCCGUCGGAGCCGAAGGACCCCGUGGAAGAAGGCCCACUCACCGCGCUCCUGGCCCGCCUAAUCCAUCCGACGCUCAACGCGCCCGCCCACCCUCCGCUCAGAACGCUGCUCUCGACGCUCGCCAAUCGGCCCCUCUCCGCGCUCCUCGCCGACCUCCUCGCCGCCGUCAAGCUCGUCACCAGAGAAUUCUUGACCCUCCUUGCUACCUGCCAUACCGUCAUUCCCGAAGAGAAAGAUGGGAAAAUCAUCUAUCAAGCCAGUAGUCCCGACGAAGCCGCUUUGGUUGCUGGCGCAGAAGUUCUAAACUACCGAUUCCAAGUGCGCAAGCCUCAGUCAAUCUUGAUUCAGGCCAAUGGAAUAUCAGAAGAGUAUCAAGUACUCAACAUUCUCGAAUUUAACAGUACCCGGAAACGGAUGUCGUCGAUCAUCCGGGCACCCGACGGGAGGAUCAUCCUAUAUUGCAAGGGAGCCGACACGGUAAUCCUGGAGCGAUGUGCGCCGCACCAGCCGUACAAGGAGAGCACACUAGUCCAUCUCGAGGAGUAUGCGACAGAAGGGCUGCGGACGUUAUGUAUAGCGAUGCGAGAGAUUCCGGAGGAAGAGUACCAGCCGUGGGCGGCGAUCUAUGAGCGGGCGGCGGCGACGGUGAAUGGGCGGACGGAGGAGAUCGACAAAGCCUCGGAGCUGAUCGAGAAGAACUUGUUCCUCCUGGGCGCGACGGCGAUCGAGGAUAAGCUCCAGGAAGGCGUCCCCGACACCAUCUAUACCCUCCAACAGGCUGGCAUCAAGGUCUGGGUCCUCACCGGCGACCGCCAGGAAACCGCGAUCAACAUCGGCCUCAGUUGUCGCCUCAUCUCCGAAUCUAUGAACCUCGUCAUCGUCAACGAAGAGUCUGCUGACGCUACCGCUGACUUCAUCCAUAAACGGCUCCUCGCUCUUCGCUCCGCCUCUAACAACACUGCCGAUUCUGAAGACCUCGCGCUCAUCAUCGAUGGGAAAAGUUUGGGAUUCGCAUUGGACAAGUCGAUUUCGAAGGCGUUUCUGGAACUGGCGGUGCUAUGCAAAGCGGUCGUAUGUUGUCGAGUGUCGCCGUUACAGAAAGCGCUAGUGGUCAAGCUCGUGAAGAAGAACAUCAAGGGCUCGAUCACCUUGGCCAUCGGCGACGGCGCCAACGACGUCAGCAUGAUCCAGGCCGCUCAUGUCGGCAUCGGGAUCAGCGGUGUCGAGGGCCUCCAGGCCGCCCGCUCCGCCGACGUCGCUAUCUCCCAGUUCAGGUUCCUCAAGAAACUCCUCCUCGUCCAUGGUACAUGGAGUUAUGUUAGAUUGACUAAGUUGAUCCUUUACUCAUUCUAUAAAAACAUCACUCUGUAUCUCAUUGGGUUUUAUUUCUCGUUUGCGAACGGGUUUUCGGGCCAAGUGUUAUUCGAAUCAUGGACCUUGACGUUCUACAACGUGCUCUUCACCGUCAUGCCGCCCUUCGUUCUCGGCGUCCUCGACCAGUUCGUCAGCGCCCGGAUGCUGGAUCGGUAUCCCGAGCUCUACACCCUUGGCCAGCGCAACAUCUUUUUCACUCGUCGGAUAUUCUGGGAGUGGGUUGCCACAGCGGUGUAUCAUUCAGUCUUCAUCUUCUUUGUCACCGCUCUCAUCUUCAAAGACGACCUGAUCUUGCAUCAAGGAUGGAUCUCGGGCCAGUGGCUAUGGGGCACGACGACGUAUUUGGUGACCCUAUUGACGGUGCUCGGGAAGGCCGCGAUCAUCUCUGAUUUGUGGACGAAAUGGACGCUGCUGGCGAUCCCCGGCUCGUUCGCCCUGACGCUCUUCAUCCUGCCCACAUACGCCUCCACCGCCCCACACAUCGGCGUGAGCAAGGAGUACUACGGGCUCAUGCCCCGCAUGCUCUCCAGCUCGGUCUUCUACUUCUGUCUGCUGCUGAUCCCCAUCGGUUGUCUGGCCCGGGACUUGGCCUGGAAAGCGUACAAGAGAUUGUUCAGACCAGAGGCGUACCACAUCGUCCAAGAGAUCCAGAAAUUCAACUUGCCAGACUACAGGCCCCGGAUGGAGCAGUUCCAGAAGGCUAUCAAGAAGGUUAGGGCCGUUCAGAGACUGCGGAGGAAUAGAGGCUUCGCGUUCUCGCAGACUGAAGAAGGCCAAGAACAGCUCAUCCGCUCGUACGACACAACGAUCAAAAAAGCCAAAGGAUAA